UUUUACGACCAUUAAAAUCUUUUUAAAAUGAACUAACACAAAAUAUAAUAAAUCGAUCAGACAUAGAAUGCAGAUGAAGAGGUCUUAAAUAUUCAGCCAACAUCAGACAUCACAAGCUCAGCCAACAUCAGACAUCACAAGCUCAGCCAACAUCAGACAUCAUAAGCUCAGCCAACAUCAGACAUCACAUGCUGAACCAACAUCAAACAUCACAAGCUCAGCCAACAUCAGACAUCACAAGUUCAGCCAACAUCAGACAUCACAUUGGAAAAACGUUGGAUUAGAUCUACACAGCUACACCUAAUGGUGAAUUUGACAGCGAUGGGAAAUACAGGUGGAAAGAAAAGCAAACAUCAGUCGGAAGAUGACGAUGUAACACAAAGCCAUUGUCAGACAAAAAAGUUAAAAGAAAAAAAUACUAAAGGAUGUUUCAUACCAGGACAUCAUGAAGCCGAGAUCUGCUAUGGAGGUGAAGCUGACUUACACAAGCACUAUACCAGCUGUAAGAAGAAUCCAGGUCAUGUCAACUUUAUACCUGUUAAUGAUUUUAACUUGGAUCAUCUCCCCUCACGUUACCAUGACGUCAUCAUGUUGGAGCUAAUCAAAGCUUUGUCUGCCCUAACGGUCCUGAUAAAGGUCAAGUACACCAGUCUAGAGAGACCGAAGACUGUUGCAAGCUUCAGUGGUCAGUAUCCAUUUUAUAACAACAGAGGAAGUGACGUGUUGAGGACAGGGACGGGGAGGGUGUGUGGUGUGGUCAAGUACACAGAGUGACAACAAGGGCACUUGUCCAUGUGGUAAGUGUCAACACUCGGACACACCCAGCAAAGUGUGGGGGGAGGUUCGUGUGAGGACAGCCAGACACGUGGUGUUUGAUGAGAGUGAGGCGAGACAGACCAUGUGUGUUGUAGGUUUUGAUGACAAUAAAAGUCCAGUGGUCAGUCUUGAUGGCUGGGAGGUGGGGUAUGCAGACAUUGGGAGAGACUGGUGUCAGUUUACAUGUGUGUCAUGUGACUUAGAGUUGGUUGAUGAACUGGACAAGAUGUGUCGGCACUUUGAUGGUCUAUGUAGGGAAGUAUGGGACAAAUACAGAUUUGUUGGUGUGGACAAGUUGACCGUUAUAGUGUCACAUCCUCAUGGCUGCCCUAAACAGGUCUCUGUAGGACCAUGGACACACAAACAUAAGAGGAAAGUUUGGUACAAGUACACGUACACAACAUGUACAUGUCCUGGCUCCAGUGGAGCGUGUGUCUACAUUCUGGGAUAUGACGGGUGGCGGUCACGUCCCCACAGUGGAUCAAACUCUGAAGGAAAUUAUAGUGGGGAGGGUUUGUGCUGAUCCAUCUGUAACUGUUGGUUCUCUCCCCUUGUCUAAUGUAACUGUUGGUUCUCUCCCCUUGUCGAAUGUAACUGCUGGUUCUCUCGCCUUGUCUAAUGUAAACAAACAAAAUGGCGGCUCCUUCACGUCAUUUGUUUAGAGUUGUUAGACACAUAAACAAAAUUAUAAACAAAUGUUUAUUGUUGAGAAAUGAAAUAUUUAUAGGCUACACUUGUAUCUUUGUUUUGUUUAAACCCCCACAUUAGAUUUGUCAUCGCCAUCAUUGUCUUUAUUUAUACUUUAAUUCAUGUUUGUAUUUGUUUACAAAACUGUUUGUAUUUGUUUACAAACUGUUUGUAUUUGUUUACAAACUGUUUGUAUAGAUGUCAAUAAAGUUUCAAAA